CAUUUGUGAAGAUGCAGUAUGUACGUUGUACUUCAAAAGGGAAAACGGGUGCCAAGGGAUGCCGUGUUGAUUUGUAUUCAUUCAUAUAUAAGCGUGGUUUCGAUAACGAUCAUAUUCAAUCUGUAGUUUUUUUAUCUGCUUGAGACUUGACUGGGUAUAAAAGAUGGUGAUCGAUGAAGAAAGUUGUGUGACACCAACUCCGCGUCUAUUUCUCCACUUCCUCCCAAUUUUACUUCAAUGCAGUUUACUUUAUCCAGGUCUAUCUCCACAACCUUUGAUUCGUUGGAUCAGGAUUCUUUUACUGCCACUCAACUUAUACGUUUGUUACUCGGCUGUUAAACGAUAUUGUUGGAGACCAUUGGACGACGCAAGUGGAUCGAAUUUAUUACUCAGUUCUCAAGCUAUGCAUCACGCUUUUAGAUCGAUCGAAUGGGCUGCUUCUAAGGGUCCAUACUUCACUCAUCGAUUCGCUUGGCCUGAUCCUGUGGCUUCAAAUUCGGAAGGAAAAGAUAAAAAUGACGAUCAGAAUUCAUCUCCUCAGCGGCGGCCUCUUCGACUUUGGUCUUGGUUCACUUGGUCACUUCUGGCUUACACAUCGCAUCGUGGCUCCCACUUCACUUGGGGCCUUCAUUCUGAACCGUGGUCACAAAUCGCGGUUCCGACUUUUUUCGAUCUCAUUCGUCGACUUCUGAUCAUUCAUGCACUCUUCGUACCCUCCUUAGCUUAUGCUAUUCUCGACCGUGAUCGUGGUGUGGGAUGGUGGGCCCCUAAUCAUUCUAUCUUGACAGGCCUCCUGUCUAAUCUCACCUUCGGUAUCACUAUCAUGGGAUCAAUGGAACUCUAUUAUAUCGUAUUCUCUCUUAUUGCCCGAGGACUUCAUGCACUUCCCCUCAACUGGCCAGCCUGGUCGGCUUACUGGUCUCCUCAAGCUUUUGCUCCCAACCUCUUCAAACAGCCUCAUCGUGCGCGCUCAAUGGCCGAAUUUUGGGGUCGUGGCUGGCACGCCAUGUUUCGUUGGCCAUUCCUUGUUACUGGUCAACUCAUUGUCAAACCAUUCACUGCUCUCGGAAUGUUAAGUGGCCGAGGAAAGCGAAUCGCGAUCCUCUUUGCUACCUUCUUCUGUUCAGGUCUCUAUCAUGACUUUGCCAUGUGGGGAAUUGCAUACUCACCAUCCCAUCCUAAUCCAUUUAAACCGAGUCUAACUUCAUUCAUACAUACUCCAAUGGCAUAUUUCACAAUGCAACCUAUCGCUAUCCUCAUUGAACCCUUCUUUCUUCCUCACUUGUCACCCUUCUUUCAAACCAUUUGGGUUUAUACCUUCACCUUGAUCUCAGUCACUGGUUUUAGAAAAUCCUUUUUUGGUAAAGGUAGAAUGAUUUCUGGUCCACCUUCAAUAGAAGAAUGGGGUUGGCGUGAAGCUGGCAUACCUGCAUAUCUGUUAACUCAUCUUUGAUCUUGGUUUUUACUUUUUAAUGAUCACACGUCACUUUGAAUUGGAUUGUGAAAAAGUAAAAUAAUAAACUUUCUUUUUGGAUGAUUCUGUGAUUUAUCUUGUCAUGAUCCUACAAUGGAUUUUGUUUGCAUUGAAUUCUUUUUCAAAUUUACAAGAUGUUUGAAAUAUCGCUUGUUUUCUAAGGACUCAUUUUCUUUCACUUCAUAGUUGUUAACUUUGGUUAGUUUUCUCAUCCAUUUGAAAGGAAAUCCCCCUUCCCUUCAAUUAUGAUAGGAUUCCCUAAA